AUGGAUCCGCAAACGAAAAGGUGUAUUUUGAUAUGUCUGCUCCUUGAUGAGGAAGAAAGUGAUCAACUCAUGGAAAUUGAGGUACUUCCUCGUGACAGAAUAAAUCCCAUCUAUCAGAAUAGAGAAAGUGAAGGGGCAUAUAAUAUUCUCAUAGAUCGACAUCUGUGGAACGAUACUACUAAAUUCAGAGAGUAUUUUAGACUAACUCCUGAACUUUUCAAUUUUGUUCUCGAUAAUAUAGCAUCAGAAAUUGCCAGUACAGUGUGCAACAGACACAAAAAGCCGAUUUCUCCCUCUGAAAAGCUUGCUCUGACCCUCAGGUACAUUUCUACUGGGGAGUCAUUGCGGUCUCUGGCUUUUGGAUAUAGGAUCAAACAUUCCUGGAUUAGCCACAUAGUCAGAGAAGUUCUUCAGGCAAUAGUACUGAAGCUGAUGCCCAUAUUCUUACCGGAACCUUCACAGGAGCUACUCGAAGAUUCUGCUGCCAAGUACCAUAGGAACUGGAAUUUCCCCAAUUGUUGCGGUGCCAUCGAUGGCAAACAUAUGAGAGUUGUAUGUCCCAAAAAAUCCGGGUCGUGCUUUUACAACUACAAGGGGUUUUUUUCAGUUGUGCUUCUGGGAAUUGUAGGCCCAGAGUACAAGUUUAUUGCAGUGGAUGUAGGGUCCUAUGGCAGAGAGGGAGAUGCAGGAAUUUUCCCUAAAUCUAAGAUGGGGCAGAAAAUCAUAAGUGGCCAAUUUCCCUUCCCGCUCCCAAGUUUUCUUCCUCAUUCAAAUAAACUACUUCCCCAUGUAUUGCUGGGAGAUUCAGCUUUUGCCUUAACUGAAACGAUGAUGAAACCCUAUCCUGUAGCUGCCGCACAAAAAAACAAGAAAAUGGCUGUGUUCAACUACAGGCUUUCGAGGGCCAGAAGAACCUCCGAGAAUGCUUUUGGCAUUCUUUGUCAAGUUUUUCGUAUUUUUUUCACCCCCAUACCGUUGAAAGUCUCAACUGCAGAUCUUUUGAUAAUGGCAUGCUGCAUACUGCAUAACAUGCUGAGGGACCACAAUAUUAAAGUACCUUGUGAUGGAGGCAAACUAAGGCUUCCAACAAAAAACAUGAAGCGAAUAGCUCCAACACAGAAUAGACGCAGCAGCUUUGCUCCCUCAAAUGUUAGGGAGGUAUUUUCCAAUUAUUUUAUGAGCAAACAUGGUCGGGUGCCCUGGCAAGAUGCCCAUGUCAAUAGAACAGGGUAA